AUGGAUGCUGCUCUUCAAAGAGCUCCAGGCCAUCGCGUGGUAGUUUUCAAUGCGUUCUUUUUUAAGUUAAGUCUCGUGGGCCCCUGCAUCGUCGAACUCGAGGAGCUCAAAACGAGUGAACGCGGGUACCGAGUAUCGCAGGUUACUCUCAAACAGCUACCCACACCUGCACCACUUGAUGAACCAUCUCCCAGUGCGUACGAUCCAAGCGCCUACAUUACCAAACUACACAUCAUCAUUACAACUACCAACAAACAAGAUGGAUUCAAAUUCGCCCCGCUUGAUUAUAAACAGACUCCACCUGUCUUUGACGGAAUGAAACUUAGCAAAUUCGGUUUGGCUGGUGGACCAGACGUUUUACGAAUAUAUGAAAACCAGGAACAUGGCGACAAGGGUGAAUUAUGGCAUGCUUUUGAAUGGCCUAACGAUCGAGAACCUAUUGAUGCCAAGAGUAUCGCUUGUUUUGCGGAUAUUGCCACGUCGCCUCGUCCGUUUAUCACCAAGGAAAUGAUGCAUGCCAUCAGGGCUUCGCUCCAGUUUGAAAUCGCGUUCCAUCGCCCGCCUACAAAUCCAACCAAGCGUGUCUUGGUCAAGUUUCUUAUGAAGAACAUUAUCGAUGGUAUCAUGAAUGCAGAUGCGUGGUUGUAUGAUCAGGAUGGAUAUCUGUUGGCUACCGCAAGACAUCAUAUUGCAUUUUCAGAAAAGAAACCCAAGAAACCCAGCUUAUAG